CUCCGCCACCAGAUAUUUCACUACGCCAAGGGGCAGCCCUACAUCGAUGACGUGGGCACCUUCAAGGAGCGCAUGAAGUGGGUGGGCAACCCCCGGCGCAAGGACGGCUCCAUCGUCAUCCACAACCUGGACUACACCGACAACGGCACCUUCACCUGCGACGUCAAGAACCCGCCCGACAUCGUGGGCAAGUCCUCCCAGGUCACCCUCUACGUCCUCGAGAAAGUGCCCACCCGCUACGGCAUCGUGCUGGGCUCCAUCAUCGGCGGCGCCUUGCUGCUGGUGCUCCUGGUGGUGGCCCUCGUCUACCUCGUGCGCUACUGCUGGCUCCGGAGGCAGGCGGUGCUGCAGCGACGGCUUAGCGCCAUGGAGAAGGGGAAGCUGCAGCGAUCGGCCAAGGACGCGUCCAAGCGCGGCCGCCAGGCGCCCGUCCUCUACGCCAUGCUGGACCACAGCCGCAGCACAAAGGCGGCGAGCGAGAAGAAAGCCAAGGGAGCCCCGGGCGACUCCCGCAAGGACAAGAAAUAGCGGUUAGCGGGCAGGGAAGGUGCCGCGGCGGCGGCGGGGGAUGACGCCGGGGCCCCCCGAGCCCCGAAAGUGGUGAUGACCAUCGAGAUGGAGCUGCGGGGGGAGGCCCCCGAGGCCGCCCCCUCGCCGUCCGCCGCCCGCUCCCCGAGCAAGGGCAGCCUCGCCAGCGCCCUGCGGAACAUCCUCAAGCCGAACUCGGAGAAGUGACGCCCGACGGGGCCGGGGACCCGGCGAGGAGCGGGGUGUGGUCCUCGCCCCGGGUCCCCCGGCCUCAGGGACGCCCCCGCGGCCCCCCCCCUCCGCCCCGAAGCCCCCUCCAUCGGCACCUUCCUCUGCGCAACCGCUGCCCCCGCCCGGCUCCGGGCUCCGAUGUAAUUUUUUCUCUUCGAAUCACUGAAUUUUUGGGUCCCCACCUGGGCUGGCUCGGUCCCCUUCCCCUCCUCGGGGACCUGCGGGGUCCCCGCGGGGCCGUGCCGCCCCCCUCCUCCCCCCAAAAGCAGCCCCCGGGAGGGUUUCCCCGUCCCCACCGUUGCUCCUUUUCUGGCCGUUUUCUCGUCUCUCCCCGCGACCGAGCCCAAAUGACGUCGUGGGGUGGCCCCCGCCCCGUCCCCUCCGUCCCGCGCCCCAUUAACCCUCCCGCCCCGUAACCCCCGGCCCCCCCCGCGCCGGCCGAAGCCUCGGGGAGGAGGAGAGGCCGCAGCCGGGCCGGAGGAGCCGCCGGCGCCCGUCGCCCCGUUGGGUUUUUCUAUGCCCCGUCCCCGUCCCCACGGCGCCGUUAAUAAAACUCACAUCUCCUGGA